AUGACACAAAGUUCACCGCUUGUCCUGCUGCCGGGUGAACUGAAAAACCAAAUCGUAGACUACGUCUUCGUCCGCGAUCCUGGCACCGUACCUGCUCCAUUGCGCAACUCUCCAUUGGCACUAUCAUCAACGUGCCGCCAACUUUACGAGGAAUACCACGCACUCGCCUGGUCCGCAACAAUCUUCAAUACCCAGUGGUCGCCAGCAGAUGAGCUAAGCCGAAAGACUAGCAUACUUUCCCCAGCCUCGACAUCAGCUAUCCGAAAACUCCAAAUUAGGCUUCCCUCUGACCUGACGGAACCCUAUACCGCAGACGUAAACCGCAAACGCGUCAAGAGCUUCGGAUUCGCUCGUGCAGGUCUCACAGGCUUAGAAGAACUGUAUAUCCGCUACCGCCCUGAGCAUCAUGAAAAAGGCAUUGGAGGCCCAGGUCGCGAGCUCAUCGUUCAGUUACUUUGGCGAAUCAUGUGGGAAAGAGAUAUCAAGCAAUUGAACAAGAUCUGUAUUGUGCAUGAUGGCACGCAGCCCUUCCUUUCUCUUUCUCUGCUGUACAACAUGUUGCAGAACUUUACGCCGCUUCAGGUGUCGAAGCGUUGGAAAGUUCGAUCUGAUCUUGAACAUGGACGGUUGCGAUUCGAGGAACGUAGUACCGGGGAGAUCUCGAGGCAGAUUUCCGUGGUUGUGGGGUUUAGCUUCCGGGAAGCUGAGGAGUACGUGGAGAUAUGUGAGCAGAUUCUUGAGGAGAAGCAUGCUCAAGUCAUUGUGGCUAGGCGCACGGAAUGCGAAUAUGUCACCUCCCUACGAAACAUGACCGACGAGGCAUUGAGGCGCGAGGUCGAUAACCUUAAUACUUUGUUUCCUGUAUCAGGAGACGAAGAACAGGUACUCCAACCACACAUUGAGAACAUACGUGCCAUCUGUGCUCUAGAUAUCUGA